CUCAAAAAUACCAAUAUUUUGGAUACGGGGAAUUCGAAUUAUUACUAUGUAGGAGCAUUCCGAGGUUGGCGCUGCUAUCAUGCAGCCUGUUAAAGGCGUACAGGAUAUUACUCAUGGGUUCGUGCAGGAUACCACCUUCAUUUCUUUCCUUACGAUUGGGCAUAAGAGCAAAGGGAGUUGCACUAGGAGUAGCAUGUCAGUGUGUAUAUAGUUGGCGGCGAUGGAUUAUAACAGUGGACAUGUGUUGGCAUGUCAGGCCUGGGGAUAUUGCAUCGGGUACCAUGGUACGAGCCAUGAAGAUGUAUGUAAAUUCACAUAUAUGUCGUUGAAUUUCAGACGACUCGGAAGUCCAAUCGAAACAGGCAGAAAUCACGUCCAAUCAACUUCACAAGCCUUGUCAUAGAAUCUGAUAUCCGUUUGUUUA